AUGGCAAGCAACAAGCCACCUGUACUAUCCGUCCAAUUAAUACAUACACUGAGUGGUCAUGUAUCUGAUGUUAAUGCUGUUAUAUUCUCACCAACACAUUCUACGCCACCAUUACUAGCUUCAUGUUCAUCGGAUAAAACGAUUCGAUUAUGGAAUUUGAAUGAUCAAUUAUCAACAGUAUUAACACGGCAUACUUAUCAAGUGCAUUGUCUUGCUUUUUCACCAAUUCUUAAUGAUAAUAAUGAUUCAACGAUUAAAUAUAUGGCAUCAGCUUCAACGGAUGGUACUUGCCUAUUAUGGGAUUUAAAGACAAUCAGUGUAUUAAAAGAAUAUAAACAUGAUAGUGAUUCUCCUAUACGUGUUUGUCAAUUUUCAUCGGACGGCAUUUAUUUAGCAACAGCUGGUGAUGAUGAAUUAAUCAAUUUAUGGGAUAUAACUGCUUCAUCAUCUCGACCAAUUAAAAUUUUAGCUGGUCAUUCAGGAUCCAUAGUUGCCCUGAGAUUUUUUUCAAAUCUUCUUAUAUCCGGUUCAUUUUAUGGUGAUCUUAAACUUUGGGUGAUUGAUUCAUCAUUUACUGGUCCUGUUCAUUUUGAACGUGAAGCGCAUGAUUUAGGUGUAACAUGUUUAGAUGUUUAUUCUCCUUCUCCUUCUUCAACUGAAAACCAUCAUCAUCAUCAUCAUCCGCCUUAUUUAAUAGCGUCAGGUGGAAAUGAUAAUCAUGUUAAAAUUUGGCAUUGUUCAACAUCAUCAAAAUAUCAUUUAACACUAGUAAGAACAAUGAAAAAACAUAUAUGUCCUAUUAUGUGUGUAUCAUUUGGUAUUAAAAAUUAUUUAGCAAGUGGUUCUGGUGAUAAAACAAUUAUUAUUUGGAAUUAUGAUACAGGGCAUUUUAUUCAUCAGUUUGAUGCACAUACACGUUAUGUUACAUGUUGUGCAUUUUCAUCGGAUGGUCAUUAUUUAGCAUCGGGUUCAAAUGAUCGUAUGGUGAAUAUAUGGCAAAUAAAUUAUAGUGAUACUGAAAAAGAUGACGAUGAAAAAAAUCAUAAAAAAUCUAAAAACCAAGAAUUUCAAUUGCAUCCUAUUGAUCAAUGGACAAAUGAAAUGGUUAAACAAUGGCUUGAACAAUUUAAUAUAAAAACAAAGUUGAGUCUAACUGGAAAUGAUUUAUUAUUGAAAUCGGACAGUGAAAUAUUAGAAUUAUUUAAUAAUAAUGAACUAUUAUUAAAUGAACUUAGUUCAUUAAGACAUAAACAUUUUAUAAAACAAUUUUUAUUGAAAAAAACAAAUCUAAAUUUAGUAUCAGAUGAAAAUAAUGAACAAACAAUACCAAAUGAAUUUUUAUGUCCAAUAACACAUGAAUUAAUGCACGAUCCUGUCUGUGCAUCUGACGGUUAUACAUACGAGAGAAAAGCCAUUGAAGAAUGGUUAGCAAAAAAACCAACAAGCCCGAUUAUGAAUCUAUCAAUUAAGGGUACACAACUUUAUUCAAAUAAAAUUUUAAAAAUGUUAAUUGAUAAAUAUGUACAGCACAAUUCAUAUCUUUAA